GUUACUUUCUCUCGAUUCGUAUCGCCAAACUGCACUCUCUUGUUUUCUUGCAAAAUGAAAGGAGACAACCAUGAAUGAGCCACUAGAUGAUGUUGCAAAUGCUUCUGAUUUCCCCAAUUAUGCAGCUGCUCUUGGAAACUGCACUGAUGAAAAGAUCCCACUCAAGACGCACUACCUCCCAGUUAUUUAUAGCAUCAUCUUCCUGGUGGGCUUUCCCGGGAACGCAGUAGCAAUUUCCACGUACAUCUUCAAGAUGCGGCCCUGGAGAAGCAGUACGAUCAUCAUGCUGAACCUGGCCUGCACGGACCUGCUGUACCUCACCAGCCUGCCCUUCCUGAUUCACUACUACGCCAGCGGAGAAAACUGGAUCUUUGGGGAUUUCAUGUGCAAGUUCAUCCGCUUCGGCUUCCAUUUUAACCUGUAUAGCAGCAUCCUCUUUCUCACCUGUUUCAGCAUCUUCCGCUACUUUGUCAUUAUUCACCCGAUGAGCUGCUUUUCCAUCCAUAAAACUCGAUGGGCUGUGGUGGCCUGUGGGGUGGUGUGGACCAUUUCACUGGUGGCCGUCAUGCCCAUAACGUUUCUGAUCACGUCAACCACCAGGACCAACAGAUCCGCCUGCCUCGACCUCACCAGUUCAGAUGACCUCACGACCAUCAAAUGGUACAAUCUAAUUUUGACGGCGACCACCUUCUGCCUCCCCUUGGUAAUCGUGACACUUUGCUAUACGAUGAUUAUCUACACCCUAACACAAGGACCUCAGACGCACAGCUGCCUUAAGCAGAAAGCUCGAAGACUAACCAUUCUGCUGCUCCUCGUGUUUUAUAUAUGCUUCUUGCCUUUCCAUAUCUUGAGGGUCAUUCGGAUUGAAUCUCGCCUGCUUUCAAUCAGCUGCUCCAUUGAGAAUCAGAUCCACGAGGCGUACAUCGUUUCUAGACCGCUGGCUGCCCUGAACACCUUUGGCAACCUGUUACUGUAUGUGGUGGUCAGCAACAACUUCCAGCAGGCCGUCUGCUCGAUGGUGAGAUGCAAAGCAGGUGGGGACCUAGAGCAAGGGAAGAAAGUCAGUCACUCAAACAACCCUUGAAACGUUUCACAUGCUCAGCCAAAAAGAAAUGCUGGUAUUUUACCUAUAACUUCUACGAAGUCCAGACUAUCUCCCUCGGUGGAACUCUUAGGACAU